AUGACCGUCGAUGCGGAGGCUCUCAAGUCUGGCAUUGACACCUCAGCAGCUCAAGCGGCGCUAUUCGUGAGCUCGGAGAAGUUGCCAGACGAGGCAGUCAGGAUACAAGGGCCAGAUUUCAACAGGCCUUUUGAGCUACAGCAACUUCUCGACAGCUAUGCUCGCAUCGGCUUCCAAGCUGCCGGUCUAUCUCGUGCCAUCGAAGUCAUCGAUAAGAUGAGAGCGUGGCGAUUGUCUGAUGAGCCAUUGACGGGCGACGAGUCUGAAGAAGAAGCAGAUCCUGCCUACCGAGCUCGAACGAGCUGUCACAUCUUGCUGGGCUAUACAUCGAACCUUAUUUCAUCUGGUCUCCGUGAGAUCAUUCGCUUCCUCGUACAGCACAAGUACGUGACGGGCAUCUGCACGACCGCGGGCGGGAUUGAGGAGGAUCUCAUCAAGUGUCUUGGACCGACCUACCUGACACCCCAAGGGUCCUUCGAUCAGUCUGGUGCCGAUCUACGCAAGCGAGGCUUGAACAGAAUUGGCAACCUCAUCGUACCCAACGACAACUACUGCAAAUUUGAAGAUUGGGUCAAUCCGAUUCUAGACCAGCUAGUCGUCGAGCAGGGUCAAGGCGCCAAGUGGUCGCCGAGCAAGGUCAUCGAGCGGCUUGGCAGAGAGAUCGAUGACGAGAGCUCAGUGCUCUACUGGGCCGCCAAGAAUAACAUCCCUGUCUUCUGCCCUGCCCUGACAGAUGGCUCACUGGGCGACAUGAUCUUCUGCCAUUCCUUCAAGUCGGACACACCGUUGGUCAUUGACAUUGUCGAGGACAUCCGCCGACUGAACUACUCGAGCAUGCGAGCAAAGAAAGCAGGUACAGUCAUACUCGGCGGUGGCGUAUGCAAGCAUCAGAUUCUCAACUCGUUCCUCUAUCGUAACGGCGCGGAUUACUCGGUUUACAUCAAUACCGGUCAAGAAUUCGAUGGCUCCGAUAGUGGCGCGCGACCAGACGAAGCCAUCUCUUGGGGCAAGCUCAGAGCGGGCUCAGAGACUGUCAAAGUCUUCGCAGACGCAACGCUCAUCUUCCCUCUCGUCGUCGCUGCUACUUGGGCCAAGUCACACUGGCAGAAGCAAGCCGAAAGCAAGACGAAUGGCCACACGACGCAAAGCAGUGCAUAG